UUGUGUAUUUCUAGGCCAGGGAAUGGUGGAGAAGGGACACCAGUUCUAGUUUUGUGUUGUGUGUGGUCUAUAAAUGUCGUUAGGUGGAAUAGUGCCUCUUUCUACGGCAGGAUGAAGUUUUUCGAUACUUUGGUGAAUGCCUCCAUACUUCUGUAUAAUUUAAAAUAAUGUUUGUUGUCAACUGUGAGAAUUAGUUAUUAACAUCUGUAAAGUAUGACAUUUCAGCGUGUGAGUGAUAUUCUGUUUUUUAAGUAGGACAGCUUUUCUGUUGCCGCUCAGAGAAUAUGAAAAGCGACCGAUUUCACAUAGAGUUCAUUAGUGUCCAACAGAAUUUCUUCGUUGGAUUCCUACUCUAUUCUUUUAUUAAGUGCUGUUUGGCUGCAGAUCUUGCAAUUCAGAUUCCCGGUAACCUGAAUCAGGAUGGGAUGUACCGCCUGGACUACUUCCCGCCCCAUGGCGUCCCUUCGCCCAAUACCACGAUCGCCUCCAGAGACAUCGGGGACGUGAUCGAGUUCAGUCAGGGUCUGCCGGGUACCAAAUACGAGUUUUGGCUGUACUACUCCAACAACACGAGACACGACUGGCUCACCUGGACCGCCUCCAUCACCACGGCUCCAGAUCCACCUUCCAACCUGUCAGUCAGUGUUCGCAAUGGGAAGACUGCCCAAGUGUCAUGGAGUCCUCCGUCUCUUGGUCACUAUUCCAGCUUCAAGCUCAAGGUACUAAGUUUGUCAGAGCCAUCAACAAAUGUGCUUCCAGUUACAGUAGAGGACACAUACUAUUCCCUCCAGAAUCUCACACCUGGAGCAUCCUACCAGGUGCAGCUGUUUACAGAGUAUGAUGGGAAAGAGAGUGUGGCCUAUACCUCAAGAAAUUUCACGACAAAGCCAAACACACCUGGCAAAUUCAUUGUGUGGUUCCGGAAUGAGACAACGUUACUGGUGCUAUGGCAGCCACCGUACCCUGCUGGCAUCUACACACACUACAAAGUAUCAAUUGAUCCAAUGGAUGCACUGGAUAGUACACUGUAUGUUGAGAAGGAGGGAGAACCCCCAGGGCCAGCUCAAGCUGCUUUCAAAGGCCUUAUACCAGGUCGUGCUUACAACAUUUCAGUUCAAACUUUAAGUGAAGAUGAAAUAUCAACACCGACAACGGCUCAGUACCGUACAGUACCUCUCCGCCCACUAAAUGUAACUUUCGACAAGAACUCAAUCACCUCAAGUUCAUUCAAAGUGCACUGGGAUCCUCCAAAAGGAAUGAGUGAAUUUGACAAGUACCAAGUGUCAAUCAGUGUGCGCCGACAGACUCCAGUGAGUCGCAUGCGUGGAGAACCAACAGCAUGGGAAUUUAAGGAAAACCUUGAACCUGGUCGCAGCUAUCAAGUGGUUGUGAAGACUGUGUCAGGCAAAGUGACCAGCUGGCCUGCCACGGGAAAUGUGACACUCAAGCCCCUACCAGUCCAAGAUUUACAUGCAAGUAUGGAUAUAAAAACAGGAUUUGUGAAGUUGGACUGGCAUCCAGAUAACACUAGCCUCCAGGAGGGCUACAAGGUGAGUUAUCAUGAGGUGGAAUCGUUUAAUGGAGACAACAACUCACUGUAUGUGGAGAAGGCAGGUACACUGCUGCUGGAAUCUCUCCUGCCUGGCAGAAACUACUCCAUCUCAGUGCAGGCAAUCAGCAAUGGUAUGGAGAGUAAUGAGACAUCGAUCUACCAGGCCACUCGACCAUCAUCACCAAUCAUUGAAGAUCUCAAGCCAAUUCCCGAUGGACUCAACAUUUCUUGGAAAUCAGAUGUGAAGACUCGGCAGGAUAAGUUUGAAGUUACAUACAACCGUAAUGAUACAGGUGAAAGUGUGACCACAAUUACUACAGAGUCGAAGUUAGUCCUGGAGGACCUGUACCCUGGUGCAGGCUAUGAAGUGAAGGUGUUUGCAAUUAGCCAUGGACUUCGCAGUGAACCACAUGAUUAUUUCCAGGCAGUGUUUCCACAUCCUCCCCGGAAUCUAACGAUUGAAAAGGUUACAAGUAAUUCAGUACUUGUGCGUUGGGAACCUCCGCUGGAUUCCAUAUUUUCAGAGUACUCCAUUAGAUAUAGGACUGAAGAUAAUGAUCAGUGGCUUAAGCUGUCAUCAGUGAAUCAGCAUGAGGCUCUUGUGGAGGACAUGACCCCUGGAGAGAAGUACCGCAUCCAGGUGAACACAGUGAGCUAUGGUGUAGAAAGCAACCAUCCACAAGAAGUCACCCAAACUGUCAGACCAAACCCUGUAUCAAACAUUGCCCCUCUUGUUGAUUCGACCAAUGUGACCCUUGAAUGGCCACGUCCAGAGGGCCGUGUAGAAACGUAUGUGGUGAGAUGGGUAGCUGAAGGUGAAGAAGAACCCCCUCACACCAAAAACAUCACGGAACAGAACCUCAUUGCCCCGCACAUGUCAGAAGAGCAGCCAGUUAGAGUGCUGAUUGGUGAUCUCAUGCCAGGAGUGAAGUACCUGUUUGAGAUCCACACUGUCUCAUACCACCUUCACAGUGACAUCACAAAACUUGCUGCCCGAACUAUGCCUCUUAUUCAGUCUGAAGUUUUGGUAGUCAACAAACACCCACAGAAAUUGGACUCAAUCACAUUGCGCUACACCCCAACACCUGCAUCAUCAUCGCAUUUUGACCUUUACCGCUUUAUGUUGAGUGACCCCAGCAUUCCUGUGAAAGAGAAGGCAGCUAAUGACACAGACAUGAAGGUAACAUUCACAGGACUGAAACCAGGACGACUUUACAACAUCACAGUGUGGACUGUAUCAGAUGGAGUUGCUAGCCACCCAUUACUACGACAGGAUCGUCUUUAUCCUGAAUCCAUUACAGGAAUCAAUGCUACUUACAUCUCAGACACAGAGAUUACACUUACAUGGGACUUACCUGAAGGAGAAUAUAAUGCAUUUGAGGUUCAGUAUCUCAACACUGAAGAUGUUCUUAUUCAGAACCUAACACUUCGCAAUUUCAUCACUGUGACAGAUUUGAAACCUCACAGGAACUAUACUUUUACUGUGGUAGUUCGCUCAGGUACAGAAUCACAGGUUCUACGACGGUCAUUACCUGUUUCUGCUAUAUUCACAACAAUGGAAUCUGUUCCUGGCAAGGUUGAAAAGUUCCACCCUCAAGAUAUUCAACCAAGCCACAUCUCGUUUGAAUGGGCAUUACCAAGUACUGAGCAGAAUGGAGUUAUACGCAAGUUCACUAUUACGUACGGACUCGAGGGUUCUACACACACACAAGUAAUUAACUUUAAACCAACUGAAUUCUAUGGUACCAUCAAGAUGCUAAUUCCAGGAAAAUCAUACAUUUUCCGUAUUCAAGCAGAGACAAAGAUUGGUUAUGGACCUGAAGCAAUUUGGAAGCAGAAGAUGCCAAUCCUCCCACCUCCAAAACCCCCUAGUCAUGUGGUGCCAACUGAAGUUUGUCGCAGCUCAUCCACUGUUCAGAUUCGAUUCCGUAAGAACUACUUCUUAGAUCAGAAUGGAGCUGUGACCAUGUAUACAAUUAUUGUUGCUGAAGAUGACUCAAAGAAUGCUUCAGGACUGGAAAUGCCGAGCUGGAGAGAUGUCCAAGCAUACAGUGUGUGGCCACCGUAUCAGGUAAUGGAACCAUAUUACCCAUUCAAGAACUCAUCAGUAGAAGAUUUCACAAUAGGUUCUGAAAGCUGUGAAGGUCACCAUUCUGGGUACUGCAAUGGUCCCUUAAAGUCUGGUUCUACAUACCGUGUUAAGGUGCGAGCAUUCACAGCCCCUGACAAAUUUACAGACACCCACUACUCAUUUCCUAUACAAACAGAUCAAGACAACACACCUAUUGUGCUUGGUGUGACUAUUCCAUUGGUGUUACUUGCCAUGAUUUUUAUAGUGGUUAUUGUGGUACGUAAGAGGCGAUUUUCAAGUAGGAGAGCAACAGAAGCAAGAGGAAAUGACAAUCUUUCCUUGCCUGACAGUAUUAUUGAAACAAGCCGUCCAAUCCGGCUGGAAAACUUCUCGGAGCACUAUCGCAUGAUGUCGGCUGACUCUGACUUCCGAUUCUCGGAAGAAUUUGAGGAGCUGAAGCAUGUUGGCCGAGAGCAGCCAUGUUCGGCCGCAGACCUACCUUGCAAUCGUCCCAAGAAUCGUUUCACUAACAUUCUGCCAUAUGAUCACUCUCGCUUCAAACUUCAGCCUGUGGAUGAUGAAGAGGGCUCCGACUACAUCAACGCAAACUACGUGCCAGGUUAUAAUUCACCUCGAGAAUUCCUCGUGACACAAGGGCCAUUGCAUUCCACGCGGGAUGACUUCUGGCGGAUGUGUUGGGAGAGCAACUCUCGUGCCAUAGUGAUGCUAACACGUUGUAUUGAGAAGGGGCGUGAAAAAUGUGAUCACUACUGGCCUUAUGACACAAUGCCAGUCUAUUAUGGAGACAUCUCUGUACAGAUACUCAAUGACAGCCACUAUCAGGACUGGAGCAUUACAGAGUUCAUGAUGUGUAGAGGCGAUACUUCAAGAGUUAUGCGUCACUUCCACUUCACAACAUGGCCAGACUUUGGAGUUCCUAGUCCUCCACAGACCCUUGUGCGAUUUGUGCGGGCAUUCAGAGAGCGAGUCGGACCUGAACAAAGGCCAGUUGUUGUCCACUGCAGUGCUGGUGUCGGCCGCUCUGGUACAUUCAUUGCCCUGGACCGAAUCCUCCAGCAGAUUCAAGUAACGGAUCAUGUAGAUAUUUUUGGUAUCGUAUGGGCAAUGCGUAAGGAGCGUGUCUGGAUGGUACAAACAGAACAGCAAUAUAUCUGUAUCCAUCAAUGUCUUUUAGCAGUGCUGGAGGGAAAUGAAAACCAGGGGCCACCUCGAGAAAUACAUGACAAUCAGGGAUUUGAAGGCAAGAAGCUACAGGAGACAACCUACAUAGAGACUGGAGCACUGGAGAAGCGUCCAAGUCACAAGCAGAGGCUUCAAAACAUGUGUUCUUAUCUGCAGCUGGUGAUGGGUUUCUGGAUGACGAAGGGAUAGCGGAGUCAGGAAUGUGAGUCCCUUCUGUCAGUGCCAACUUCAGUAAUCAGGCUACAAGGCAUGGCAAGAAGGCCCAGGAACUUGAUAUACUUUCUCCACAUUGGAGGGUGAAGUCUCAGGGGCUGAUGUACUUUGCGAAGUAUGCUGGAUUGUUCACACAGAAUUUUCAUAACUAAAGCCUGUUAACAGUAAUGUGGAUUGUGGUAUCACAACAAAGAAGACAUGGUGCUAGGUUGUACUUUUCUUUUUAUGGAGAAAACUGUAGGCAACAGGAAUUCAAAACAAGUUGACUGUGAUGACCUUGGAUGUUAACAUUAAUUACAAGCUAUCUGAAAUAAUUUAUAUUAUCUUGUUGGAAGUAAAUCCAUUCAUCCAUUAAAAUCUCCAGGCAGCAAAGUUGAGGGAAUCAUUAAUUAAAUUUGUUAUGUGUGAAUUCUUCUGAAGACUACUGUCAGGCUAAAAUAUUGUGUAUAAUAUCACACUUAGUUCCAGGCAUUAUUUUUUGUUUAGACUGUUCACUUUUUUUUUGUUGCAUGUACAGAGAAAGAUAAUUUUCAGUUUACAAGCACUCAGUUUAAAGGGAAUCCUGGGUUCUAGCAAGUUUGAGUUUAGUGUGUCUACGAGUAUAUAAUUUGUUCACUCUAAGAACCUGCAUAUGACAAAUUCCAAUAAUUUUUAUUUAUACAUGACAAUCUUGUUUGUGGGACUAUAUAAUUUGCUAUAAAAUUGAAGAUUUUCUGCAGUGGUUAGCCCAGUAGUAUUAUAUAGCAGGAUUACAAGAGGGCCUUUUAUUUUAAAGUAAAUGUAAACUGAUGAUAACAUCUGUUCCUCAUUUAUGUAAAUCUAUCAUCUUCAUCCAUUUCUUAUGUAUCUGAUUAUGAUUUUAUCUUCUGCUGGCAUGUUAAAACUUGUUAAUAGUUUCUGGUUAUUUACAAAUGUGAAUUGGCCCUUUGGACAUAGAAGACACCUGUUUCAGCAAGAGAAUAUGUUUCUUGUGUGGGUUCAUUUGCUUCAAAGGUGAUAACAACGUGCUGUAACUACAGCAACAAUUCUUGGUCUACUUUCCUUUGAUAUUUGUUAACUACAAACAGCAGAAGAAACCCAGACUGUCAAUUAUUUCUUAUGUGUUCUUGAGGUAUUUUGAUUCUGAAACAUAAUAUACUAGAAGAAGGGAGGACCUGGGAAGGCAGAUCUUUCUCUCGUAUAAUGAGCUAUAGAAUACAGUGAAUAAAAUAAAUGAAAUUAUUACAUUAUUACUGGCAGUAACUAUAGUGAACAAAUAGGAAAAAAACGUACAGAAGACAUAAUUCAAAACUCAAAAAAAUAACAUUAACUGUAAUGGACCAUGACUUAGAAAUGUUUCAUGCUAUAAACAUUUAAAAAUAUUAGAUUAGUUUUUUAAACUGAAAAACAUACAUGGUCAACAAGAGGACUGAAGUCAGUUAUUGAUUAUUUUCUGGCAGUUUUAACUAAAGAUGUUUAGGAAUAGAAGAAGCACAACCUGAGCACUGAUCAAUUUUAUUGGAAACAAAAAUAGAAUUUAAAACCGUAUGUUAUAAAAGAAAUUGUAAACAAAGGAAGUAUAUAGAAUCUGUUUGUUAGGACAAGAUUUGUUAUAACACCACCAGAAUAAAUUAGAUGAAAAGUUAUAGUUUAGUAUAUGUUAAACACAGCAGCAGAAGAAACAUUACAUCAAACAAUUAUUAGGGGGGGGUGUCUGUAUGGGCAGUUGAAUUGAAGGCAGAGAGAAAGACAAAGAAGGCAUUUCACUAUUUCUUCUUAGAAGUAAUAAAGAUAAAACUUAGGAUAGGAAUGUUUAGAAGAAAGUGAAGUUUAGAGGUUGUUACGGUGAAGGAUGGCAUGUGAUUCAUCUAUAUUUAGGCUAUAAUAUUGCUGCUAUUAAAACUUGCAGGCAUUGCAUCACUAAUCAAGAAAGUGUUACUAAAGAUGUGUAACAGAUUCUGCAGUUCACAAUAAUAAAGCAAUUCUAUGUUGGGGAAGCAGUUAUGCUGACCACACCAAAGAAGAAUUUCUCAGUAGUCUUGAUGGACAAAUGUAGACCCUAUUCUAUAUAGAUUAUUUUGCGAAGCUAUAUUUCCCAGUGGAAUUUCAAAUGUUAUCUGACAUAUACCUGUUUAUUUCCUACUAGGGUCUGCUAUCAGGGUGACUAAUGACAUUAGACAUAGCACAUAUACUUCAUACACAAUUGUAUUAUUUUGUUGCUUAGUAUUCUUGACAUUAAGCGGCCUCCAUAGUCUAGGGGUAACGUUCCCACCUCAUG